GAAAUCCGUCCCUUUGACUGUGAAACGUAUCAAGGUUACAGAUGCACUGGUUGCAGGAGUCAGGACAAAAGUUUCCAUGUAGAGGGAGCUCUGACCCACAUCUUCACUCGGAGUCUCCCCCACAUCAUGCCAGAGAAACUGAAAAUGGAGAAAACCAUUGGGAAGCAGACCGUUUGUUUUGAGCUUCCGGCAGAGUUGAGUAAUUAUAUCAACAGUUUUGGCAUUUCUGAUUGGCGCUUACUUUGGAGUGCCGAUCCUCGGUUUCUUAAGCAUUUCGAGUUCAAUCCACUUGGACCUUUCAGUCCUUUCUCCCUUUACCCACCAAGCUACUUGCAUGAUAUCAGUUUCUGGAUGGAACCAGAAAGCUAUGAUGAACUGGACUUCCAUGCACUUGUGCGAGAGGCGUCUUGCGGUGCUGUUAAGGAUAUGGCAUUAGUGGAUCGCUUCAGACACCCACACAUGGGUCAUGCAAGCCUCUGCUAUAGGCUGACCUAUCAGUCUCCGGAUCAGGCCCUCUCACACAUCCAGGCAUUGGGACUGCAGAAUCAGCUGCGGAGACUGUUACCCCUGCGUUUGCAGGUCACGCUGAGGUGAUUGAAGAGGCUUUGGCGACAGUGGAUCAAAUGGAUAAAUAAUCUCAGAUUUAAAUUUUUAAUGAUGAAGGUUAACUUUCUAGAUCAAAACAGAGUGUUUAUUUUGACUGAUUUGUUCUGACAUAUCAACUUAUUUGAACUAAAGGAAUUUUUUGUUGCCGUUUGAAAUCCUAUCAUGUUUACAUAUUGCUUGUUACGCUGAUUAAU